UUUUCUGCUGCUGUAAAGGGGGCACGCCUGAGUUUUCUUCCUACAGCAGAACGGGGGUGUUUGAAGGGCUGUGUAACGGUGCUGAUCCUAGAGAGAUGACUGCAGAAGGCGGCAGACAAACAUUUGACACCUUAUGGCAACCAUCAGCCUGUGGAGACAAGACUUCAAGGCUGGAGGCCUUAUAUCAUGAUCUGAUAGAAAGGCUGGUGCAGGUGGAAAACGAAAUAAACAAGAAAAGAGUUUGGUCUGAGUCUGUUGAUACUCGACUACAAUUUCUGGAGAGUUGCCACAGGCAGCAUGCUAUAUCUGAUCAUGACAAGAGGCAGGAAACCAGCAACCCUGAUCCUCCUUACCAGGAGGGACACAGGAGCUAUCAGGAAGCAUUUCCUGGAGGGCUCACCCAAAAAGAGCUUCAGGAGAAAGAGGAAUAUAAGAAGCUGAAAGAGAAGAUCAAAGAUCUAGAGGCAAGAAACAAAGAGCUCUUAUCUAAAGUGAUGGGCAUGCACAAGCACUCUGAGAACAUGAAUGACCCUUUGCGUUUGUCUGCUGUGCUGCAGAUGUAUGAGAUGCUCAGGCUACGUGAAUGGGAAAAACUCAGGAGCUCCACAGCCUCCUAUUUGUCGUAUAAAACUGGCAGCAGCAUAAUUAAGAAGCUGUUUGAUGCCUGUGAGAAAGAUAUACAGCAGAGAACAAGGAACAUAUUUGAAGUUCUUGACAUUCCACCUUCGAAUGACGCUAUGACCGACAGCAAACAGGGGAUGAUGCAAGAAAUAAGGAAUAUCUUCAGGUGUUCUUAUUACCAAAACCACUCAGAGUUUUACAGCAAAAUUGUCAUGCAAGCUGACGUUGACCCAAAAACUGCCAUUCAAAGACAGUUUACACUGCAGUGCUGCAAAAUUUAUUGUUUGCUGCUUCUUCAGGACCCACCGGUUAAAGCUGUGUGGAACCUACAGGAAACGCUGCAGUAUUUAGAGCACGUGGACAAGAAAGACUGGGAGCACUGGAGAAAACCAGCAUUUCUGUGGCCCAUAAUGAAAUGUGGGGAACAAGUCAUUGUGAAAGGUGUAGUCUGGGAUGAAAAGUAGCAUGGCUUCAGAGUCAAGUUACUCACUUAUAUGACCACAAGAAGAUGAAACAGCUGCUGCACAAUAUGCUGCUUUUCUUUCUCCCAUGAACUGCCUGCUUUUCAGAGCUAGUAAGUUAGACGCUCCUGGCUUGGGACACCUAGGAUAAAUCAUUAUUUACAAACAUGUAUUAAAAAUUGAAGAUGUUUGCCUCAGCAGCAUGCAUACAUUUUAUGUAACAUUUGUUCCUUGCUGUCUCUAAACAGCAUUUGUGUGGAAAGAGAAUCUGUGUUUCUAGCCUACGUUACCUGCUCUUCACAAAUGCUUAUAACAUUGUCAGAUAACAGUGGGGAUCUCAGCCACCCUGUGGAGGCACUUGCCUCCUCACCAACAGCACGUAGUAGGACCAACACUUUGCAGGACCCCUAACAGCAGUGGUAUCUCUGCCCUCCCCUGCGUCUAUAGCAGGUGCACAAACUGCAGGCUCAUGCUUUCUGCUAAUGAAUAAGCAGCGAGGAUGAAGAUGGCCUGUUGGGAAACAGGCAUCCUUCUUGGGUAAAAAUGUACUUAGCUGAGAAAGAGAUCACGGCAGUAAAAGACAAGGCUCACACGGGCUACAAUGGACUCUCAGAAGACAGGUGUGCGUAGAUAUGUGUACACAGAUACUGAGGCCACUCUUACAUGCCAAAAGGCCACUCGUCUCCACACAAAUGCCGCCUGCCUGCUAGUGCUCAGCUGCUUUCGCAUGUCCGUACAAUUUACUGCUCCAUAGCCCUUCAGCUACGUACCUGCCACAGCUCUUGAUCAAAGUGCUCUAAAAGUUGUAUUUCACAGCAUAAGGGGGAUGCAACGAGGCAAAUGCAUGUUUAUGUGCUCGUGUGACAAAAUAUUCAGUGAGAAUCUUGAGAUUUGCCAGAUAAAAAA